AUGCACAAAGGCAGCUGUUUGGAGCCCUCGGCUCCAGCCUCGAUCGAGGCAACUCGCAGUUACUGCCUCACUCGAGAGUUUUUAGGUGAUGAGGCUGCAGGCCUAGGAGCUGCUAAGCGUGCCCGGAAAGGCUUCAGGCCCGGCGGGGUUCCGCCCGGUGACGGUGACGCUACCAAGCGCUUGCGGGGCCCUGUAGAGGAUAGCUUUGCUUCCACGAGUGCUUCUGCCGAAAAGGAUGCUUCUGAUUCGUCGGGAAGAGCUGCUAAUGGUGAGGAAGACAGGUGGCGGCUUCUGGAGCAGCUGUCGCAGGCCAUCCCAACUGCAGGGGCUUUGCUGCCAGACGGGCCACCGCAACCCAGUCAGUAUGAGGAAGCCCCGCAGUCUGCUGCGAGCGAGGUGCUUGAUUGGGAAGCCUGCAACCGCGCUCUGGAUAGACUUGUCAGGGCCAGCAAACCCCAAAGUAACCUGGCUGUUGAGUGGGACUCCGGCUCUACAAACCACAGUAGGGACCUCGGUCUGUUUGAACUGCCCAUUGAGACGAACACGGACUUUCAUGAGGCCUCAAACAGUCAUAUGCAUGACCACACAGAGCAUCUGGAAUCUCUUAUGGGGCACCCUACGGAGUCUUUGCUUGUCGCCAAAGGGGAGCUGGGGCCCAAGCGGACUACUAGCAAUGCAGCCGAUCCAAUGAAGGAGAGACAAAGAAGGGAACUGCAGCAUAAGAGGACGCUUGAUCUGGCCUCACAAAUAGUGUCAAGGUUUAGGGGAGCGCGUCGUCCUGGUGUGCUGCAACUGUUGCACCGGUUCUUCUCGUGCAGCAGCCGGCAAGUGCGGGACCCUCAGGAACUUGAGAAGCUUGUGGGCGCCUGCUGCUACAUCAUAGCGCGGCAGCAAGGGGAUGACAUGACACUUAACGACGUAACUGCACAACUGGAGAGGCGACAGGGCUCUAAAGGGAGACAGCGCUGCCGCUGCAUUAGCCGUUGGGUGGUUAAGGUGUGCGGCAAGCUGCAACUGAGGUGUCUGCCUAGACACGGGGACGCAGAGGCGUUGGCCUCGAAUGCUCUGAGGCGCAUCUGCUCUCAUCUCAAGCUGUUGCUUACACAGCAGGAGCAGCAGGAGCUGCUGCUGCUGCAGAGUCUGAAGGAGGCAUACAGGCAGUGCCUCCAGCAGGAAGCAGCAGCAGAACCCGUGGAUGACAACAGCCAGCAGCAGCAGAAAGAUGCAGCGCUUGCAGAACUUGACGACGAGGAUUUGCUAGGGCUGCUCUUGCUACAGCAGCAAGAGGAAGCCGCUGCAAACCCUGUUGCUUCUGUUGAAAGUGGGUUGGGUUCUCCUGAAAGGGACAUUCCUGAUGUUGAUGCAUUCUUGAAGCAGUUUGACUCAGACUGCAGUGCAAAGAAGUCGCAAAUCGAAGAUGAGGCGUGGGCACAGCCACCGACAACAGAAAGCGUGGUGUCUUUGGGCCCAGACGGCUCGUUGCAAUUGUCAGUCCCUCCUGGGCGAAGGGCAGGCAAUGCAAGUUCCCGUUUGGGAGAGUGGGACUCCUUGGUGCCAUCCGAUGCUUCUUUGUUGGGAGGGGAGGCAACAGAUCCUGCUGCUCUUGAUGCGCAGAUGCAGCAGCACGAGUGCGUGUUGCGGCUGCUGCGGCUGUUGCCCAGUGCACAGCGUAUCAAGCUAGACCAUUCGAUAUGGCUGCAGAAGCAGAGAAAGCUGGCGCUGCAGCAGCUACGUGAGCAGUCCACGCUUGUCAUCAAGUGUGUGGGGCUUUUGCAGCAGCUGACAAAUGUAGCAUUUGCUGCUGCAGCCAAGAGAGGUUGUUUGCCCGCGCCGCCAGCCGUUCCUGACACCGCCAGUAGGGAUGAUAUUGAAGCAUUGGAGGCAUCGCAAACUGAGGCAAAAGCGACAGAAGCGCAGCUAGGGAUGCCUGCCGAGGGAGAAGAUCCACUUGAUGAGCACUGGAGAGCCUGUGGAAGAUGCGAUGCGAUAUCUACGGCAGCCCAUUUCGUAAUCGUUUUCGAAUGUCUCCAAGUUCCGGUUUUUCAACGUGUCGUCUUGGAAGCCCUCGAAGUGGACCGCCGUAGCGUCUACAACAGGCGUCGCGAGCAGCUUCAUUUAGCUCUAAGCAUUUUUCGAAGACUUCCCGGUGCAGGCGACGUAACAAUAAAGACAUUAGGGAAACUGUUAGUGAGUGCAGUUAGCGACCAGGAGACAACGAACAAGCUACUACGGAUAGCUGAGACUGUGCCCUUGCGAACACCGGCUGGUGAGGGCCUGGACAGUCCUUCCGAAGAGAGACCAACUGAUGGCUGUCCCGUCAGUGGUCACCUGAGCAGCCAAACCCUUUCCCGAAUCAGCGCGGAAGAGCUCUGUUCAAGAGGCAGCGGCAGCGGCAAUCAGCGCGAGCAGAGCCCCGCAACGCUUCCUUCCCCUUCUGCUCCAUCGCGGUCUUCAGGAUCCCUUGGGGGCUCGCUGAAUACCAAAGAUUUAUGCGAUGCAGCAACCGCUAGCAGCACUGCUGCUGCUGCAGCUCUGCGAGAACUGGAAGAUGGCGACCCUAUGCUGUCCGAGACACCGAUGGCCCGUGUGGUGUCUCUACAAUAUGAAAGGACGCAGCAGCGAUGGGUUUGCAAGUGGAGGGAGGGGCUGGGGACAGGCGGCCGGUGGCACCGUCGUUGCUUCUCUGUUGUCAAGUACGGGGAAGACGGGGCUCAUACGUUGGCUGCCGCUGUAGCAAAGAAACUCAGGGAUAGACGGAACCAAGAGGUAAACGGAUUGAAAAGUGGAAGCACCCCAGCUCCUGAUAUUUCACCACCUGCAGCCGACGUUACUCUCAAUGGCGGUUCAUCAAAAAGGGGCCUGAAAGGAGCUAUGCCGAGUGAGACACCCACCCCUAAUUCACGACUCGCCGGCAGUGCCUGCCGGGCACGCAACAGGCGAAGCGCUACAACAGCGCGUGUAGCGGGAGCCGAUGCAGGUGGGCCGACGCCCCAUGACGCCGAAUCAUCGUACCCUUUUUCUCAUAUUGGCGAAAGCAAACGGGAGUCCGUCCUUGCAAAUAUUUCGGCUGACCCAAAUCUUUCCACAGUUGUGGCGUCGGCUGCUUACAGCGAUGAAAUGGAACGCCUCGCCCAGUUGUUACGGAAGGCGAGAAGCAACCCGUUGCUUGCGAAGUGGUUGGAUGAGAGGGCGCCACCUCCUGGAGCAGCGGCGCUGCGUGCGGCAGCCGAGUCAAUCGUUCCUUACCUUUCACUUCAGGCGGAAGCAGACAAAGCGCCAGCUGGAGCUCCUGUCUCCUUUCGCCAGCAGCAGCACGCCCUUCACAGGAGAGGGAGAGUGACGGGAGCGAGGGAAGGCAUGUAA